GCCACAGAACCACAGAUCGAGUUCAUUUGUCAGUCGAGCAGCAGUAGACCUCCAGUUCUCCACUACUCCAUCGCAAACGCCAAGCAAUCCGUCCAGAAUGGCACAGAAACUGAUCCUCGUCCUGAGCGCCCUGGUGGCGGUGUCCUCCGCCGUGGUGGUCCCUGGUCCCGGACUGGCACUGCCCGCCUAUCCGUCGUACCCGGCGCUGGCCAAGGUGGCGGCUCCUCUGGUGGCCAAGGUGGCGGGUCCGGAGCCCUACGAUCCCAAUCCCCAGUACACCUUCAGCUACGAUGUUCAUGAUGGCUCCACUGGUGACGUGAAGAGCCAGCAGGAGACCCGCAGCGGAGAUGUGGUGCAGGGCGCCUAUUCCCUGAUUGAGGCCGACGGAACCCGCCGCAUUGUGGAGUACACCGCCGAUCCCGUGCACGGAUUCAACGCAGUGGUGCGCCGCGAAGGCGCCGUGGUGAAGGCUGUGGCUCCGGUGGCCAAGGUUCUGGCCCCGGCUCCGCUGCUCCAUGCCGCUCCUCUGGUGGCCAAGGUGCCCGCCUAUGGCCCGGCUCUGGCGCCCGCUUACCCUGCUCUGGCCCACGGAUACGGACCGGCUCUUGCUCCCGCCUAUGGACCUGCCCUGCCCAAGCUGGCCCUGCCCGCUCUGCCCGCCCUCUCGCCCCUGGGCUACCACUAAGUCAGAUGGAUGGAUCUAUACACCCCUCGAAUAAUGCCGACCUCUUGCCGCACCCGAAUAAUGGACAUCGCGACCAACUUCUCCUGCCACCUGGGCUCCAGUUAGCCGGAGCUCAUGGGCCGAUCAUAGUCGAUAGUAGUUGUAGUAUUAGUGGAAAUGAAAGCGAUUUAUCGAAAUAUGUACAUACGAAUUCACGGACAGCGGAUUCCGAUUGCCCAGUCCUUGGGUUCCCAUCGGAUCCCAUGUUCCCUCAUCUACACUCACACAUUCUCGAGACCUUUCAUUUAUGUUUCUUGUCUUCUUAAUCUUAAGGCUGUUUGACCGCGAUAAAUACUCUAUAAUCCCCAACUCACAAUCCCCGUUUUAAUUCUUAUUUAAUCCGAGCCUGUGCACUCGAGUAGAACUCGCAGAAUGAGAAACGAGAUUGCAAUAAACGAACCGAAGCUAUGCAAAUGGAAA